AUGGACACCCUCGUCGAACUUUCCGGUGUUAGCGUAUCCGACGAGCGCUCUCACUGCCCAAUUUGCUUCAAGUCAGCACCGUUUGCCAAGGGUCUUGAGAACCACUUGGCCCAUCACCUCGAACGGCUUGCCAUGUUUGCACUACCGAGACCUGUCGAAGAUGACGCCUCUACCACGGACAAGCCGAAUUCUCAAAGAAUGGGUGAAAGAUCCCUCGACUCGGCGCAGUCGCUCGGCCCGCCGGUAUUCACAGAUCAUGGUGCCCCCAACAGUGCCGCCAGCAUUGACGACGACUCCAGUAGUCGUAUGCCUCCCAUCAAUGAUAUAUGGGAGCCCUCAACCCGUCCCUCGCCAAGCGGCCCACCCCCUAGAGACUCCUAUACCCGCCAAUCCAGCCCGGAUCCGAACUAUGGGACACUUAACCAGCAGAUCCCUAAUUACGGUCGCCUGAGCGCCAUCCAGUCCGUUGCUGAUCUGCCAGUGAGUGCACCGUCGGGUCCUCGAGGGCGGGGUGACCGGUCUUCUGGCAGAACCAGCCCUGCCAACGGGCCGCCGAUGCAACUAGACGAUACGUUCUCCGCUCCUGAGUCUAUUCGUCCACCCACUCCCGAACACCCCCCGUCAACCGGGCCCUCCACCUCACGCACUCGUCAAGGUCUAAACCAGAUUUCCGUUCAGCCAACCGGAGAUAGUGGAGGUUCACACCAAAUACCGGCUGACGAGGCGCUAGAACAACGGCGACAGAUACUAGAUCGCUUCAAGGCAUCCCGACGGCGCAGAAGACAAAUUGGUUUGAUGAUGUAUACGCUCAAUGCCGCGUCAAAGCACGAAGAAAACGCACAGUGGCGAAAGGCUACUUUGCUAUUCCUCCUGGCAAUCAAGGAGCAGAGCAUGAGGUUGGGGCCCGAUGACUCUCUUACGCUAUCUACAAUCGAAAAACUCGCACGAACAUAUGUCAAAAGAGACAGAUUGAUCGAGGCUGGGAAGCUGUGGGCGCGGCUUGUGCAGGUUGGGAAGAGGAAACUGGGAGAUUCACAUCCCGACACACUCUCCUACAUGAUGUGCUUGGGAGAGACAUACACGAACCAAGGGCGGUGGGAAGAAUCCGAAUCCAUAUGGAAGGAGGUUAUAGGGAUACAAACCAGAAUUCUUGGGAGGGAUGACUCUGAUACGAUGAUGAGUCUCAGCUACCUAGCGGCUCUAUAUGGGAAACAAGGCCGGCGAGCGGAGAAUGAGGCGCUGCUCUUAGAAAUAACGGCGCUGCGGGAGCCCCAUCGCGGGGCCAUGAAAGAACUGCUCAAGCUCGCGUCUUCACCCAUGGACCAGAGGAAUCAAGAGGCUUUUGGAGAGAAUGCUAAAGGUCAAUCGGAGGUUCCGGAAACAGAGAGGCCCUGA